AAAUGUGCUGUGGCCGAGUGCGCGCCAUUGCAGUAGCCAAAGUGCCGCAGCAGCAGCAGUCACAAAUCACGAGAAAGCACACACCCACCCACACGCAGUCACCCAGGCACCCAUCCAGGCAGCAGCGUCCGCGUCAACAACUCCUAAAAAUAUGAAAAAUCAGCUCAUUUUCCUGCUCUGCUGCUGUGCACUCCUGCACUCUAUUGCAGCCAAGCCGGCUCCUCAUGGCAUCACCACCACCAUCAGCACACCCGCCGUCGCGGCCGCACCCACUUACACGGUCGCUGUGACGCCCGUCGUCACGGCGCAUAGCCAUCAAGUGGUCGCCCGCCACUACAAUGGCGGCCUCUACGUGCCCGCCGGCUACGCGUCCGCCAGCUAUGUGCCAGCCGCGUAUCCCUCCUAUACCUAUUCAUCGCUCUAUCCCUAUCCAGCGACGAGCUACCGCUACGGUUACGGUUAUUACCCGGCUUACGGCUAUAGUUAUGGCUACGGCACCGCUGUGCCGGCGGCCUUGUGGCGAUGAUGUGUUAACGCUAAUAUGCGCAAAGCUCAUGCGGGCGCGCUCGCCGUAGUCGGUUGCCUGCAUGUGGUGCGAGUGUGCGAAUGCCGGCGUGAUGGAUGCGAAUGUGUGCGUGUGUGUGUGCGUGCGGUUGAAGUGCGGAUUUGCAGGAUACGCGCUGCUGAGUUGAUGAGUUUCGGUUUGUUUUAUGUAAUGGCGGAGCAGCCGCUUGAUGCGCACUCUUAUCUGCAAUGUUUUUGCACUUGGCUUGAUGUGGCAUGUGGCAUGUGGCAGGAGGACAGCCGGUUCAUAAGCAACUCGUGUAGCGUGUGAGCUUUAAAGCGGUGCGAUGGUGUAUGGUUGUUUGGUGUGGCAUGGAUUCUCGGUGGCAGGCAGGCAGCGACUAAAUACAAUAUUAUGAAAUAUAUGUACUCACAUACACACAUACAUACUUGUUUAUGUUAAAUAUUUUGCAUUUAAAUAAAUAACGGUAAACGAACCAAGCAAA